GUGGCAUGCCGUGGAUUCUGUCGUCUUUAUCCUGGCUUUCACACUAGACUAGAGAAGGGGCGGCCCCGCCACUUUGUGUUCGGGCUGCCGGCCAGCAUUUCAAUAGAUAGAUGCGCUAUUCUUCUGACAGUCACAGCUCGUGGCCUAAAUCCCUUCGGCUUCUUUCGGCGUUUCAAAGCAAAGCAUCGAAUCGAACAACAAAGCAACGGCGACUGAUAGAUCGCGAAUCGAUUCCGGUUCCUGCCUCCUUGCUCUUGUCCUCGAAAGCCCUCGUCUUUCCGUGAGCGCCGCGCCCUGCUCGGACCGCUGCCAUUGGGGUUGGGAAUUGGUCGGAUUUGUUUGCUUCGUGUGUUUCUUCCCUCUUGGAGGUGGUACCACUGAUCUGGCUGAUGGGUUCGUGGAUUUCGAGCAUCAUGGGCCCGGAGAGGGAGGCGGAAGGCCACGACACGGGGCUCGGGUACCUGCCGGAGAACUGCGUCGCGGAGGUGAUGCUUCACCUCGACCCGCUGGAGAUAUGCCGCGCCGCGCGGCUCAGCCGAGCGUUCCGAGGGGCGGCGUCGGCGGACUUCGUGUGGGAGACGAAGCUACCCAAGAACUACGGGCAUUUGAUGGAAUUGGCCUCGGAUGAGAAGAGCCCGUGCAAGAAGACGAGUCUUUGCAAGAAGGAGAUCUACGCGCGGUUGUGCCGGCCGAACCCCUUCGAUGGGGGCACCAAGGAAUUCUGGCUGGAGAAGAGCAGCGGUGGAAUUUGCUUGUCCAUUUCCUCAAAGGCAUUGCUGAUCACCGGAAUCGAUGACAGGAGAUACUGGAAAUACCUUCCCACCGAAGAAUCUAGGUUCCACAUGAUUGCAUACCUUAAGCAAAUUUGGUGGUUUGAGGUGGAUGGGGAAAUUGAUUUCUGCUUCCCGGCCGGUACCUACAGCCUCUUCUUUCGGCUCCACCUGGGUCGAGCUUCCAAGCGUUUUGGUCGUCGGAUUUGUAGCUCCGAGCACAUUCAUGGCUGGGACAAGAAACCGGUGCGAUUCCAGCUAUCGACAUCGAACAGUCAGCAGACUCUAUCUCAGUGCUAUUUAGGCGAUCCUGGGAGCUGGAUCCUUUACUAUGCAGGAGACUUUGUGGCAGACAGAUGCAAUGUUGCAACUAAACUCAAGUUCUCGAUGACACAAAUCGAUUGCACGCAUACAAAAGGUGGCCUUUGCAUCGACUCUGUGUUGAUAUGUCCCAAGGGUUUUAGGCAGGGAAAGGUCUGUAGCACCAGGGUUUAAACUUGUAGAUUCAAAUAUGGAAAGAUAUGGAUGGCCAUUCGAAUUUGAUGCAGUGUCCAUAAAUCUCUUUCUUUUUUCCAUCAAUCUUUAGUUAAAAUGAGGAGCUUUUGUAUGGACUUCUUUAUAUUAAGGUAUUUGAAUCUGUGAUUGCUCUACUGUUUUUGGGA